CCCCAAUCCUUAGAAAUUGUUUUGCUGGACUGCUGUACUGAGGCGUGGAAAGCCCGAGGGCUUUAUUGUUGAUCCUUUUGCUUUAUUCCCCUUCUGGGCAACGGAGCAAUGAAAUUUCCAAUCGAGACGCCAAGAAAACAGGUGAACUGGGACCCUAAAGUGGCCGUGCCUGCAGCAGCACCACCCGUGUGCCAACCCAAGAGCGCCACUAACGGGCACCCUGUGGCUCCCCGCCUCUCCAUCUCCUCCCGAGCCACGGUGGUAGCCAGGAUGGAAGGCGCCUCCCAGGGGGGCCUGCAGACCGUCAUGAAGUGGAAGACAGUGGUCGCCAUCUUUGUGGUCGUAGUGGUCUACCUCGUCACGGGCGGGCUCGUCUUUCGGGCCCUGGAGCAGCCCUUUGAGAGUAGCCAGAAGAACACCAUUGCCUUGGAGAAGGCAGAAUUCCUGCGGGAUCACAUGUGUGUGAGCCCCCAGGAGCUGGAGACGUUGAUUCAGCAUGCCCUCGAUGCUGACAACGCAGGAGUCAGCCCAAUUGGAAACUCUUCCAACAACAGCAGCCACUGGGAUCUGGGAAGUGCGUUUUUCUUUGCUGGAACUGUCAUCACCACCAUAGGGUUUGGGAAUAUUGCUCCAAGCACUGAAGGAGGCAAAAUAUUUUGUAUUUUAUAUGCCAUCUUUGGGAUUCCACUCUUUGGUUUCUUAUUGGCUGGAAUUGGAGAUCAACUUGGAACCAUCUUUGGGAAAAGCAUUGCAAGAGUGGAGAAGGUCUUUCGAAAGAAGCAAGUCAGUCAGACCAAGAUCCGGGUCAUCUCAACCAUCUUGUUCAUCUUGGCCGGCUGCAUUGUGUUUGUGACGAUUCCUGCUGUCAUCUUUAAGUACAUCGAGGGAUGGACAGCUUUGGAGUCCAUUUACUUUGUAGUGGUCACUCUGACUACGGUGGGCUUUGGUGAUUUUGUGGCAGGGGGAAAUGCCGGCAUCAAUUACCGGGAGUGGUAUAAGCCCCUAGUGUGGUUUUGGAUCCUCGUCGGCCUCGCCUACUUUGCAGCUGUGCUCAGUAUGAUCGGAGAUUGGCUACGGGUUCUAUCCAAAAAGACUAAAGAAGAGGUUGGAGAGAUCAAGGCACAUGCAGCUGAAUGGAAGGCCAACGUGACAGCCGAGUUCCGUGAGACGCGGCGGCGGCUCAGUGUGGAGAUCCACGACAAGCUACAGCGGGCGGCCACCAUUCGUAGCAUGGAGCGCCGGCGACUGGGCCUGGACCAGAGGGCCCACUCACUGGACAUGCUGUCCCCAGAGAAACGUUCCGUCUUCGCUGCCUUGGAUACCGGCCGCUUCAAGGCCUCGUCCCAGGAGAGCAUCAACAACCGGCCCAACAACCUGCGCCUUAAGGGGUCAGAGCAGCUCAACAAGCACGGACAGGGCGCAUCAGAAGACAACAUCAUCAACAAGUUUGGGUCCACCUCCAGACUCACCAAGAGGAAAAACAAGGACCUCAAGAAGACCUUGCCUGAGGAUGUCCAGAAAAUCUACAAAUCCUUCCGCAACUACUCCCUGGAUGAGGAGAAGAAGGAGGAAGAGUCGGAGAAGAUGUGCAACUCCGACAAUUCCAGCACCGCCAUGCUGACGGACUGUGUCCAGCAGCAGGACGAGAUAGAGAACGGGCUGGUACCCACGGACACCAAAGACAGGGAACUCGAGAACGACUCAUUACUUGAAGGCAAAAACUAAGACGUGAAGGACAGUGGUCUUGGGACUCAGCGUUAUUGUUUUGUUUUGUUUUUCUUUUUUGUUUUUAUAUUCACACUGAGACACGUGCCUUAAACAGACUUCUUGUUAGUCCAAACCUACAUAACAUUGGAUAAUAUAUUUCACUGUGCCAUAAACGACCGAAAGCUUGCUCUGCCAAAAUGAAUUAAAGAAUAAGAACAUCCCACUGCAAACAGCAGCAGCAAGAUACCACAGGGAGUGUGUGCACCUGUGGCAGGUCAUGGCCAUGGGUGUGGAGGGAGUUUCUGGAAUGAUGCUGGGUCCCUGUGCAGCAACGCUCUGGUGUGGCAUGCCAACGAGGGCAGCUAUUCCUCAGACCAGCCUCCUGGAGGAACCAGCUGUGUCUUUCAAGUGAAGUCUUUAUUUCCUGAACCUACCAUUAGUGAUCUGUGUGUGCACAAGAGGGGGACCUGCCUGGGCGUGAACUGGUGACUGGGGUGAGAGGCAACACUUUGGCAUGUAUGUGCUCUGAGCUUGGUUUUGGACACGGACCAUUCAGUGCACAAUACCUGGUCUUUCUAAGCUCUGUGGGAAUGUCCUUAGGGCUCAAGAACAUCUGAAAUUUGCUGGAAGUCGAUCUGAGCACAUGUAUUACAAGGUGCAAUUGCUUUUCUCAAGGGAAAAAGAAAAACAUCACAAAAGC